AUGAAGAACAUCGGAACAAUGUUGAUGCUGCUGGCAGCUUCUGCUAGUCACGUCGUUUCUCUUCCGGCUCAGCAUAACGGAGAUGUUGCUGCACGUACAGCGCAGGAGCCUCACUUUGUGGCAAGAUCCGCUCCAGAUCAUGCUGCCAAUCCGGACAUGGCCCGUCGCUUGAUGGCCCGCUCCUUCCCUCGACCUCUUUCCCCUCGAAAGAAGAACAAGGACAACGCAGACGACAAUGCAGCCGGCAAUGCGGACGCUGCUGGUGAUGCUGCUGCCGGGGAUGCUGCCGCUGCUGCCGGUGGUGAUGCCGCUGCUGGCAAUGCAACAGCAGUUGAUGCAGGUGAUGCCGCAGCAGCGACAAAUGGAACAGCGACUGCUGAUGACAAGGCAGCAAAGAAGGCUGCUAAGGCGGCUGCUAAGGCUGCUAAGGCUGCCGAAGCUGGGCAAGCAGCUACUGGUGAUGCGGCCGCUGCGACAAAUGCGACGGGAGACGCUGCAGCUGACGCGAAGGCCCAGAAAAAGGCUGAUAAGGCUGCAGCCAAAGCAGCAAAGCAAGCAGCUGCGGAUGCGGCAGCCACUAAUGGCACAGCCGCAGACGCUGGGAAUGCAAAUGAUGCUGCUGCUAGUGAUGCAAAGGACGCUGCCGCCAGUGAUGCAAAGGACGCCGCCGCCGCCGCCGAUGGUUCUGCUGCUGCAAGCGCUGAUCCCCUUUCAUCGCUGCUCGGUUCUCUCACCGGCGCCACGGGCGGGAAUGCCGAUCUUGGUAGCAUCCUGUCCAACAUCGGCCUCAGGAGACGCAAGCAGACCUAAGGUCCUUGGUAUUCAGCUUCGUCCAUCGAUUAGUUUUGAAUACUGAUUAAAGGCAUAAGACUCGCGGUGCGCAAGACGUAGAAGCCGUGGGUUGGAUAGUUGUACGCUCACUGAGGGUAAGUAAUCAAGCAGGAAUAUGGGCUCCGCCUAUUUGGAAUCACAUGAAGCGAGGACAGGGCAGGAUCUCUGGCAUCUGUGACUUUAUGUACCAAUGCUGUUGGUACCGGCGUCUAGCUAGACUAGA